GUAUGAUGAGUACUUCCUGUAAACAUUGACUCGUAUUGGUUCCUCGUUGUGUGACGUAGCCGGAUGCUGCAGCUGUUUUCCGGCACGCUCACCGCUCCGCUCGGUAAAAUGGCAGAGGUCGGUCAGAGGCUGGGGAGCGGAGCUUACCGGCUGUCCGCCCUCAGAAACAGCCAGGGUCGACCGGUGUGCAGCGGAGAAAGUCCCGGAUCUUUGCUGGUAAACUGCACUUUCAGUGACGGUCGGAUAAAACAGGAAUCAGCCCGGGAUCAAUGUGAAGUUAAGCUAGUGUCAAAAAGCAGAACAACACAACGCAAAUCAGGGAAACUUUCCAGAGUGAGAACAAGUGAAAGUCAACAGGAAAAUGGGAUUUUGCGUUGUGCCCCAUCUUUGGAGCUGGAUUCAUCCCGUUUUAUCGGGUUUGUUCAAACCAGAGAGAGUUUACAAGCUCAUAAAACAGCCCUGUACCUCUCAGCAAGGCUGCAGCCUCUCCUCCAGGAGAAGCUGCAGCCGGGCAGGAUGACAUCCUGGAGCAGAGGAGCUGUUUCCAUCUGCCCUGACACCUUCAGGUCCCCUCAGCAGCUCCGAGCUUUCUGCACUGUUAUCUUCAUUCUGGCAGGGCAGGGGUCAGAGAGGCCAGGUUAUGGGAUGAGACUGAGGCGUCUGAAACUGCAUCCUGAUACCCUGCAAGCAUCUACAACUAGUAGAAGCUACAGCUGGAGGAGUGACAGCAGCUCAAAAGAUGUUCCUGUGCUCUACAGAAGCAGGACGGCCUAUUACGACAUCCUCAAAGUGUCCCCCAUUGCCACACAGUCCCAGAUAAAGACGGCCUACUAUAAGCAGUCCUUCAUCUACCACCCAGACAAGAACCCUGGGAACAAGGAGGCCACCCAGCGCUUCUCUGAGAUCAGCGAGGCCUACACAGUGCUGGGCAACAUCAGCCUGAGAAGGAAGUAUGACCGUGGUAUUCUGAGCCAGUCAGACGUUCACAGUGCAGGGAGACCAUCCUCCAAAGAGACCACCAGCAGAUCCACAGACUCCCCGCUGCAGCAGCAGCAGCAUCAACACAAAACCAGGCGGUUCUCCCAAUCUGGAGGGAAGACCAUGUUUGAUUUUGACGCCUUUUAUCAGGCUCACUACGGGGAGCAGCUGCGGAGGGAGAGGGACAUGAGAGCCAGGAAGCAGCGCAUGCAGGAGAAGCAGAAGGAGAAUCUUAGCAGGUGGAGGCAGCAGAAAAUUAUGGAGAUGACUGUUGCGAUGCUGCUGGCCAUGGCAGGCCUACUUUUUGUCAAUCUCAGCAGGCCCUGAAAUAGAAGCAGCAGCGUGUCCCUAUGGGGUUGCAUGUUAGGACUCUCAUGGAGGGGGGGAGGGGGGGUGCUAAACUUGUAAGUGUUGCACAGUUUCUGACAGUUGAAGAUAUUUAUUUUUUAGUGUGUUGCAGGAACAAACAAAAGCCGGACCACUGUGUCUUAUUUGUUAGAAGCCAUAGAUAGUCUUGUUAUGUUACUAUGUCUCCUCACAAGCUGAUGGUAUUAGUACACACUUAAUUUCUUCACGUAUAGGAUCUAAAAGGCAUGAACAAACCUAGAAAGAGGCGCUGGAUCAAAAAACAAUAACUUUAAUUAGAAACUGGAAAUCUGCAAACCACAUUGCAGCAUUGUGGGAUUAUUUAUUCCUGCAAUGGUUCGAGCUUGUAGCUCUUUCAAGAAUCUCAAAGGCACCCAGUGUGUGGGUGAUAAGAUAUAGAUUCACAUUUCAUGGUUUUAUAACAUUUUAUUUAUUACAAAAUCGGUUUCAGAGUCACAUCAUCACAAUCUUGUAAAAGUUCAUGUUGAGUUGCAACCUUUGCAGGACCUGAGAACCUGAUGUAGACGUGUCAUUGCAGGUUUAGUCUUUGUACCAUCAACAAUUGUUCCACCAGUUGUGAAGUUUCAUUGUAAACCUUAAUUUAUUUACUUUCUAUUAGUAGUGACAAGUGUGAAGCCAAAUAACUAUUUUAUUUUGGCAGCUUAAACUCAGUUCUGUUUAUCUAAAUAUUGCACAAGAAUGGAAAAAUUAAAUGGAUCAUGCUGAACAACAUAAUUCCUCUUCCUUUCCCUACACACUGGGUCUGUAAUGUAGAACAUAACUCUGAACUGUACAGUUUUAAGAUGAUUUAUUAGGAAAUUAAUGCACAUUUUGACGCCUUCUUCCAGGUGUUUAAGCGUGUAUGUGUGUAUGUACUGUACAAACAAGAUGCCACAUUAUGUUAAAUUUGUUUAUUUUGUGUAAGGGAAACUCUAUUAGAUUUAUAUUUCUUUGUUUUAAUUUAGUUUUAUUUAUCAGUGAUCAUAGUAAAUAUGUAGUUGCAAUUAGCAAGCAUUUGUAUUUUCUUUAUUUUCUUGCUGCAAUGUUAUAACAUCUGACCUCUAGAGGGCAUCUGAAUACAUCAAAAAGAUCUGUGUUACAGCUGGUUACAAGUACAUUUACUCAAGUACUGUACUUAAGUAUAAUUUUGAGGUACUUGUACUUACUUGAAUAUGUUAAUUUUCUGCUACGUUUUACUUCACUACAUUUCAGAGGGAAAUAUUCGACUUUUUGCUAAAUUUAUUUAAAAGUUGCAGUUACUUUACAGAUUUUACAUGCAAAACAUAUGAUCACGUUUAAAAUUAUGACACAUUUGUUUCCUGCAAAAAUCUCCUUUUAUCAAGUCAUUUUAGUCUAUAAUUGAGUCCUAACCCUUUUAUUUUCUCAAAACAUGUGCAAAGAUGCAUCAGUGCGGUACGAAUAUUGCAGCUGGUUUUUUAUUCAGGUUUAUUAAUUCCAGAGCCACGACACGCCUCAUACUUCUUGUCUCCAGAUACAGUCUGUUUUUAGACAGGUUGAAAUACUCUCUUAGUGCACUAACACUAACUUUUUUCACUUGUUUUAAGAAAAUAAGGUCUUUGGGAGCAGAUUCUAGCCAGAAUUGUCUUCAUAAAAUUGAGGCUUUUAUACUGUUUGAACUACUUUAUGUUCAGGCUCAACAGUAAAAUGAUGCAUCAGUAUUAACAAUCUAAUAAUAUAAUCUACAUACUGUAUAACACUACUGUAUGAAAUGGGCCAUUCUACAGUACUUUAAGUACAUUUAGCUGAUAGCUGUACUUUUACUCAAGUAAUAUUUUAAAUUCAGGACUUUUACUUGUAUUUUUACAUUGUGGUGUCAUUACUUUUACUUCAAUAAACAAUUCGAGUACUUCUUCCACCUCUGAAA